GUCAACUAACAACUUAGCGAAUUUUCAACUUCACAAAUCGUCAAUCGAUUGUUGGUUUUCAAAAAAUCCUCUAUUUGUUAUCAUUGUAUAUUGUAGAAUUCUAAAUGAAGUAACAGGUAGCAUAAAUAUUAAGUAAAACAAUAUCUAGCACAAUGAUUAAAGCGAUUCUAGUAUUCAAUAACCAUGGGAAACCUAGGUUAUCAAAGUUCUAUCAAUAUUUCAAUGAAGAUAUGCAGCAGCAGAUAAUAAAGGAAACGUUCCAGUUGGUAUCCAAAAGGGAUGACAAUGUUUGCAAUUUCCUUGAAGGAGGCAGCCUCAUCGGUGGAUCAGACUACAAGCUAAUUUACAGGCACUACGCCACUCUGUACUUCGUAUUCUGUGUGGACUCCUCGGAGAGUGAAUUGGGGAUUCUGGAUCUUAUACAGGUAUUUGUGGAGACUUUGGACAAGUGCUUCGAGAACGUGUGCGAGCUCGACCUGAUCUUCCACGCGGACGCGGCGCACCAAGUGCUGGAUGAGCUAGUGAUGGGCGGAAUGGUGCUGCAAACCAACAUGGCGGACAUCCUCUGCAGGCUGCAGGAGCAAAAUAAAAUGCAGAAGGCUGAGGCGGGUAUAUCAGCGGCGCCUGCCAGGGCCGUGUCUGCUGUCAAGAGCAUGAACCUGCCACAACAGCUGAGGGAUAUGCGCCUGCCAGACCUGCCGCAAGCUAUCAAGGACCUGAAAUUCUGACCGAUACCCCCGGCGCACCCCGCCGCCCAAGUCUCUCUCGCCACCAACAUAAUCCAAUCGUUCUACGAGCAUAACGUUAAGUACCACAACAUGCAACGUGAAAAAAUGGCCAACAAAUUCUUCGGCUCCGAAUCCC